CUAAACUAAGAUCAAUGGCCCUCUGCAACUCAUCUCCUCCUCUGUUUCUGUUCCUUCAUCUUUUUCUUCUUCUUCAUCUUUCUUCACUCACCCACUCUGUGAAUUUCAACUUCUCUUCAUUCAACCAAAGCACUCCUGACAUUCGAUAUGUUGGUGAUGCCUUCUCGAAUGGAAACGGCCUCCAAGUUACACGAAAUGAAAGAGGGGACAACUUAACCAACAGUGUUGGACGUGCCUUCUACGAAUUCCCGAUUCGAUUGUGGGACUCUAACACGGGAGCUGUAGCCGAUUUCACCUCUCACUUCCAGUUUGUCAUUAAUGCCUUCAAUGAAUCUCUCUAUGGUGAUGGGCUUGCUUUCAUCCUCGCAGCCAAUUUGGACAUCCCAAGUGAUUCUAGAGGUGGGAACCUCGGUCUCUAUGAUACAGCGGUAAGAACUAACAGCUCCUCUAACCCUGUUGUUGCUGUUGAAUUCGACAGUUUAAAAAAUGACUGGGACCCUAACGAUAAUCAUGUUGGGAUCAACGUCAAUUCGAUUGAGUCGGUGGCUAAUGUGUCUUGGAAUAGUAGCAUCAGAGAUGGGCGAAGGGCUAAUGCGUGGGUAACUUACAAUGGUACAACUAAGCGUCUGUCUGUCUUUCUUACUUAUGUUAACAAUCCUACCUUCAGAGGGAAUUCUAGUCUUUCUCAUGAAGUCGACUUGUCGAAGGUUCUACCGGAAUGUGUUAACAUAGGAUUCUCGGCGGCCACUGGAAAUCUCGUUGAAGUUCAUACCGUCUUUUCCUGGGAGUUCAGCUCAAGUUUGGGUUCAUGCGACGAAGGGAAGGUAGCAGGUGAUAAAAGAUGGGUGAUAUGGUUUGUUUUAUGUCUUGUAUUUUUCAUGGUCGGGAUGUUAGUCCUGAUUAUGGUAGUUUGGAGGAGGAGGGUGAAGAAGAAACUGAGAGAAAGGGGAGAUAUGGAGGAGGACGAGGAAUCCAUGGAUGAAGAUUUCGAAAGGGGCAAUGGGCCUCGGAGGUUUAAAUACAAAGAACUCGUCUCUGCAACCAAUGGCUUUAACGAAGAGGGGAAGCUUGGAGAAGGGGGGUUUGGAGGGGUUUACAUGGGACUAUUGACUGAUACCAAUGAAGCAGUAGCUGUAAAGAGGGUCUCCAGUGGAUCUAAACAAGGGAAAAAGGAGUUUGUCUCUGAGGUGACAAUUAUAAGCCGGUUGAGACAUAGGAACCUGGUUCAACUCAUUGGGUGGUGUCACUACAGAGCAGAAUUGCUCCUUGUUUAUGAGUUCAUGCCUAAUGGUAGCCUUGAUCAAUAUCUCUUUGGGAAGAAAACUGAGCUCACAUGGGACUUAAGGUACAAGGUCGCCAUGGGGUUGGCCUCUUCCAUGUUAUAUCUUCAUGAGGAAUGGGAGCAAUGCGUAGUUCAUCGAGAUAUUAAAUCGAGCAAUAUAAUGUUGGACACCAAUUUCAAUGCUAAACUUGGGGAUUUUGGGCUAGCCAGACUAGUGGACCAUGAUCAACCCUCACAAACAACUGUGAUUGCUGGGACCAUGGGCUACUUAGCUCCUGAAUGUGUCACCACUGGGAAGGCUAGCAGAGAGUCCGAUGUCUAUAGCUUUGGUGUCGUAGCACUCGAGAUUUGUUGUGGAAGACGCGCCAUUGAACCAUUAGCAAAGGCUUCUAGGGUUAGGUUGGUAGAGUGGGUGUGGGAAUGUUAUGGUGAAGGAAGGCUACUAGACUGUGUGGAUGAGAAAUUGUUCAGUGAUUUUGACAAAAGGCAAAUUGAAUGUCUCAUGGUUGUUGGGCUAUGGUGCGCACACCCUGAUCCAACUCCAAGGCCAUCUAUAAGACAAGUCAUACAAGUGCUCAAUUUUGAUGUAGCAAUGCCAUUACUUCCAUCAAAGAUGCCUGUGCCCAUGUACUUUGCACCUCCGAUGAACCUAUUGACGUUCUCAUAUACGACUUCGAGUAAUAUCACAGACAGCCAUAUUGACUCUACCACCACCACCACAACUUCAAGAUCUACCAUGUCCUCUUCAACUUCACCCAAGUACCUCUUGGAAUUGCGAUAGGAUGGCUGCCAUCAAGUUGUUCCCUUGGUCUUUUUUCUUUUAUCAUUUUUUUUAUUUGUAAGUUUUUCAAUUCUAUUUUUUGUUGCUCAAAGGAAUCAAUCAGAAAAGCUCGAACAAGAGGAAAAUCUCUCCAAAAUUUGCUAUACUAGAGGGGAGGACGUGUUAUUUGAAUUGGUAUUGUAGCUUCAUAUGGUUGUUAGGCUUGGAGCUUUUUGGAACUGUGUGAUAACAGAGGGAUUGAUUCCUAGUGUAUAUUAAUGUCUUAUGUGAAA